CAAUUCUCUUCUCUUCGUUCGCCAAAUUGCAAACACCAACACAUUUUCCCUUUCUCCUUUCACCAUAACCAAAAACCAUGGCCUCCCCAACACUGCUGAUCCCAACUUUCAAACUCAAACCCUUCAUUUCCAUCAAGGCCAAAGCCACCUCCGCCGCUCAAACAACAUCUCUGCCAUCACAACAGCAACCGUUACGGCGCCACUUCUUGUCUCAUGCUUCCGCCACCACCACCACAACUCUGUCCCUUGCAGGGCUCCCGCCAGUGACACCAGCAUUUGCUGCCUCGGAUGAGGAGUACGUGAAAGAGGCUGCAGAUGUCAUCAACAAAGUAAGAAGCACCGUCAAUAUGGACAAGAACAACCCUAAUGUUGCUUCUGCUGUGGCUGAACUUAGAGAGAUGUCAAAUUCUUGGGUGGCUAAGUAUAGAAGAGAGAAAGCUUUUCUCGGUAGAGUUUCUUUCCGUGACAUUUACUCAGCAUUGAACGCGGUUUCUGGGCAUUAUAUAAGCUUCAGACCAACUACUCCUAUCCUAGCAAAGAGAAAGGCUAGGAUUCUUGAAGUGAUGUGCGAGGAAGAUAGACACAUUAGUGAUGCUGGUCUGGACUCUUCAAGGAAGCCGGAUUUUUUUUCUUAAACUUCGAGAUUUAACUGCUGAAAUGAUUUUUGAAUUAUCGAGUUUGAGAUUGUAAAUUGAGAUUCAAUUUAUGAAUUAUAGACAUCUAAUUUUAUUCAACUUAAUUUUAGUAUGUUUGAUGUUUAUGUAUUAAUUCAUG